CAGGCAGACUGCGGCGGGACUGCUCAGAGAUGCCGCGGUCUUUGACUAACUCAUCCUCCGCAAGGGUACUCCUGCUGCUGCUGGUGUCAGACCUGCUCCUGUGGGAAGAAGUGGUCUCUGUGCCUAUGCAUGCCAAGGACACUGACCACGAGGAGGUCACCCUCCAGGAACUGUUUGAUCAUGCCAUCACACUGUCUCAGAACAUUAGUGAUCUUGCUACAGACAUGCGCAUGGAAUUUUUCACCAACGACUUCUCUUCAAAAUUGUUCAAUAAAUUUAUGUUACGGUCCACCAGGGAUAUGCAGUUCAUGGCCAACACUCUCAACACCUGCCACACUCUUUCCAUCAACACGCCAGAGACCAUCCAGGAAGCCAAAGAAAUCUCACUUGAUGACUUUCUGAAAAUGACACUCAGUAUAGUCCAAGCCUGGAAUGUCCCUCUGCACCACCUAGUGACUGAGCUCAGUGGUAUGCCUGGGGCCCCGUCUGUGAUCCUAUCUAGAGCCAAAGACAUCGAGGCGGAAAACAAAGAGCUUCUAAUGCGGGUCAAGAAAAUCCUCAGCAAGGUUCAUCCUGGAAUUGAAGAAAAUGUGAGCUACCCUCUCUGGUCGGACCUUGCACACUUGCAAGCAGCUGAUGAAGAAGUUCGCAUGUACACUCUUUAUAAAAUGUCUUACUGCCUGCGUGUUGACAUGCAUACAGUUGACCUUUAUCUCAAGCUCCUGAGGUGUCUGCAUGUUAAUGGAGACGUCUGCUACUCCACAGGGUUUGGAGAUGAUGCUAAAUGA